CCGGUCAUGAAGAUUUUUGUGUUAGUUUCUGCUCUAGGAUUGUUCGGGUUUGGUCAAUGCCUGUUUUUAAACCAAAGCCCUUGUGACCUGUCGCCUGACUCUUAUCAUUCUCAGUCAGGAAUCCCAGAAGACGCCGACUGGACGGCAAACAUAACGGUGCCAGUAUCCUGUACAAACGGAACAUUUUAUUGGAACUACCCACGGGGUCACGCCAUUCUCCAAUUCAAGAACUAUGGGAAAACUACUGCUAUUUGUUUGUCCGACAUCGUGGGUGGGGGAAUGUUCACCAUUACUGACGAGACCCACGACAAACAGCUAGACCAACUUCUACGGGGUAACUCUGAGCGCGUAUGUACCGAUGACUCAGAGGAUUCUUUCGUUAUACAGGUAGACGCACCGAAAUUUCAGACCUACGUUGGAGGGUUUGCUUACGAGGUCAAAUUCCCAUAGAGUGUCAUUUAUUAUGUUCAUUUUAGUGGAAUAAAAA